CUUCCGGUUCACUUGACGCAACAUUUGUUUACCCAUCCGGGACUUGCUGUUCUUUCGUGUUCCCUUCUCCUAACCAAACGACCUCCUUCGAAACAUUCUCAUCGGAUGCAACAAAUUACAACUGACUGAAGGCCAACGCAAUUCCAAACAUCAAGUCAAAAAGUAGAGACGUGGUAAUUGAGGAGAGGAAAUCCAGGUCACGCCGAACAACUGAAAAACAAAAGAAAAUGAGGUGUCCCGCAGACGUUACUGUAGAAGAUCCUCACCAUGAGAAGCACGAUCCCCUCCACGUUAACCAGAAGGAGGAGUCCAACAUGCCGUACAUCAAAGAGGAAGCAGAGCCAGAGACCUCCGACAUGAAAGAAGAAGACCAGAUAGUUGAAAUUCCCAAGUUUCCAAUGGGUGUCAGUGUGAAGAGCGAAGAAGACGAAGGACCAAGCGAAGAGAGCGGAGCAGCGAAUCCUUCCAGUGACCGUUCGUUUCAGCACGUGACAUCAAAAGGAGAGGGACGAUUGCAAGCGGACGGCUUCUUAGCUCCGCUUUCGGACAGCGACGACAUAACGUUACACUCUUCUGACUUUAAUACUGAUAGGGAGGAUGAUGACUUUGACCAAAAUUCUUCAAAAUCUUUAAACAAGUCAUCAUUGAAAAGAGACACAAAAGAAUGUGCGGUAGGGAAACCUUUUCCCUGCUCACUCUGUGAUAAAACAUUUUCCUGGAAACGUACCUUAAACGCACACGCGCGUACACACACUGGGGAGAAGCCUUUUGCCUGCACACUUUGUGGUAAAAGAUACGUCGAUAAGAGAGGUUUACACAAACACACAAGCGGACACACUGGAGAGAAGCCUUUCGCCUGCACAAUUUGCGAUGAAAGAUUUCAUCAUAAGUGUGAUUUACAAAAGCAUAAGGGUACACACACUGGAGAAAAGCCUUUUGCCUGCUCACUUUGUGGUAAAAGAUUUUCUCGAAAGCCUCAUUUAGAAAUGCAUAAGCGUACACACACUGGCGAAAAGUCUUUCGCCUGCACACUUUGUGAGAAACGAUUUAUUCAGAAGGGACAUUUAGUAUCGCACACAAGAACACACACUGGAGAGAAGCCUUUCGCCUGCACACUUUGCGAGAAAAGAUUUAUUCAGAAGACUGAUUUAGACCAGCACAAGCGUACACACACUGGAGAAAAGCUUUUUGUCUGCACACUUUGUGGUAAAGGAUUCACUCAGAAGAGGGAGUUCACAUCGCACACAAGAAACCAUGCUGGAGAGAAGCCUUUUGCCUGCACACUUUGUGGUAAAAGAUUUGUCGAUAAGGGAGGUUUAAACAAACACACAAGCAGACACACUGGAGAGAAGCCUUUCGCCUGCAUACUUUGCGAUAAAAGAUUUUCUCUGAAGACUGAUUUAGAAAAACAUAAGCGUACACACACUGGAGAAAAGCCUUUCUUCUGCACACUUUGUGGUAAAAGAUUCACUCAGAAGGGACAUUUAGUAUUGCAUAUAAGAACACACACGGGAGAGAGGCCUUUCGCCUGCACACUUUGCGAGAAAAGAUUUAUUCAGAAGAAUGAUUUAGAACAGCACAAGCAUACACACACUGGAGAAAAGCCUUUUGCCUGCACAUCUUGUGGUAAAAGUUUCUUCGAUAGGAGAGGUUUAAACAGACACACAAGCAGACACACUGGAGAGAAGCCUUUCGCCUGCACGCUUUGUGGUAAAAGAUUUUCGCGGAAGACUUAUUUAGAAGGACAUAAGCGCACACACACUGGAGAGAAGCCUUUCGCAUGCACACUUUGCGAUAAAAGAUUUCAUUGGAAGCCUGAUUUAGAAAAUCAUAAGCGAACACACACAAAGCCUUUCGCCUGCACACUUUGUGGUAAAAGAUUUUCUCGGAAGACUCAUUUGGAUAGUCAUAUGCAUACACACACUGGAGAAAAGCCUUUUACCUGCACAUCUUGUGGUAAAGGAUUCGCCCAUAAGGGAAAUUUAAUCAAACACACACGUGGACACACUGGAGAGAAGCCUUUCGCCUGCUUACUUUGUGGUAAAACAUUUUCUCAGAACACUCAUUUAGAAAUACAUAAGCGUACACACACUGGGGAAAAGCCUUUUGCAUGUUCACUUUGUGAUAAACGAUUCACCCAUAAGGGAGGUUUAAACAAACACACACGCAGACACACUGGAGAGAAGCCUUACGCCUGCCCACUUUGCAAUAAAAGAUUUUCUCAGAAGAAUCAUUUAGAAAAACAUAAGCGCACACACACUGGAGAAAAGCCUUUUGCAUGCUCACUUUGUGAUAAAAGAUUCGCUCAGAAAGGAACUUUAGUAACGCACGCAAGAGGCCACACUGAGUCAAAACCUUUGAAUUGCAGUGUGUGACACAAUAUUCCUGCCACACAUUUACAGUGAAAAAAGCAUUUCAAUUUCCUUAUUCAGUUUCCCUUGAGCCUCUUUUGACAAAGUUGUUGUCAUGAUUUUUCAGGUGCUGUUCUUUUUCUAUCCAAUAUUUAAAAUUGAAUAAAUUACGUCAGGUCUUUGUGUUGCGACUGUUCCAUGACUGACAUACUGCUUUUACCUCAUUCACUCCCAGCCAU